AAAGCCGAGUCCCAUGACUGUCUCCGUCUUUCCCCUCCUCGCAGGAGGAUGUUUCCUCCCUUCAAGGUGCGAGUCAGCGGCCUGGACAAGAAGGCCAAAUAUAUCCUGCUGAUGGACAUUGUGGCCGCUGAUGAUUGCCGGUAUAAAUUUCAUAACUCGCGCUGGAUGGUGGCGGGCAAAGCUGACCCAGAGAUGCCCAAACGCAUGUACAUCCACCCGGACAGCCCAGCCACAGGAGAGCAGUGGAUGGCCAAGCCAGUGGCCUUCCACAAGCUGAAGCUGACCAACAACAUCUCUGACAAGCACGGCUUUACCAUCCUGAACUCCAUGCACAAGUAUCAACCACGCUUCCAUAUCGUGCGAGCCAACGACAUCCUGAAGCUGCCCUACAGCACCUUCCGCACCUACGUGUUCCCAGAGACCGACUUCAUCGCGGUCACUGCCUACCAGAACGACAAGAUCACGCAGCUAAAGAUCGACAACAACCCGUUUGCCAAGGGUUUCCGGGACACCGGGAAUGGUCGGCGGGAGAAAAGGAAGCAGCUGACACUGCCGUCGUUGCGCUUGUACGAGGAGCACUGCAAGCCGGAGCGCGACGGCGCCGAGUCGGACGCCUCGUCCUGCGACCCUCCCCCGGCACGGGAACCGCCGCCCUCCCCCGGGACAGCGCCUAGUCCUCUGCGCCUACAUCGGACCAGAGCCGAGGAGAAGUCCUGCGCUGCGGACAGCGACCCAGAGCACGAGAGGCUGAGCGAGGAGCGCGCGGGGCCGGUGCUCGGCCGCAGCCCGCCCGCGGCCAGCGCCGCAAGCACCGCUGGGCCCUUCCCGUUCCACCUCUCCCAGCACAUGCUGGCAUCUCAGGGAAUCCCAAUGCCCACUUUCGGAGGCCUCUUCCCCUACCCUUACACCUACAUGGCAGCCGCUGCGGCAGCGGCCUCCGCUCUGCCAGCCACUAGUGCUGCGGCCGCCGCCGCUGCCGCCGCCGGCUCCCUAUCCCGGAGUCCCUUUCUGGGCAGUGCCCGGCCCCGCCUGCGCUUCAGCCCCUACCAGAUCCCAGUCACCAUCCCGCCUAGCACUAGCCUCCUCACCACUGGGCUGGCGGCCGAGGGCUCCAAGGCUGCAGGCGGCAACAGCCGGGAACCCAGCCCGCUGCCCGAGCUGGCUCUCCGCAAAGUGGGGGCCCCGCCCCGCGGUGCCCUGUCGCCCAGCGGCUCAGCCAAAGAGGCGGCCAGCGAACUGCAGAGCAUCCAGAGACUGGUGAGUGGGCUGGAGAGCCAGCGAGCUCUCUCCCCCGGCAGGGAGUCGCCCAAGUGAGGGGGCUGCCCAGCUGCUCCGCCACCACGCAGGCCUCCCGGGCUGCCUGCCCCUGCUGCUUGGGACGUGUACAGCACAGAAUGGGUAUUUAUUUAAAUAAAGGAGUAAAAGAGGGCUGCAGCAGCCGGAAUGAAGCCCCCACCAGCCAGCCGGGGCCUGGGACACUUCCCUGGGCCUCACAAGGAAUCGGGCUGCCGGGAACACAGUCGCUUUGGAGCCAGUCCAGGUCUGCUCCAGUGUCAAGGUGUCAUCGGCAGGGGCCUCUCCGAGUCCUCCAGCGCUGUGAGGAGGCCUCGUCCUUUGCCCAGCCAGGGGCUGGCUCUUUGGGAGCCAGAAGAUGCAGGGGUCAGGGGUAGGAGCUUCGGAGGAAGCCCCGGAGCCCCUAGUCAUGGGCCUGGACCACUUGAGAAUCUGGGAUGAGGGAUGCUGGGGUCAGUGAAGACUGAAGUCAGUGUAGACUCGAGCUGGGAGGGACCCGGUCGUUUAGUCCUCCCACCUCUUCUCCCAGACAGGCGCCCCUCCAACCCCUGGGUCAGCGGAGGGAAUGGCACUUCUGCCCUGAGUCCCCAGGGAAAAAAGAUAUUUAUGAAAUAAAUGGUAAUUUGUGUAAAUAAGCUUUAAGGUUCCCAGAAUAUGCAAAUUGGUAUUAAUUUAUUCAAAGGUGUACAUUGCUGUGUACAUAAUAUUUAGAGAUUAACUCAUAGCAUUUAAUUUUUUUCAUUUUACAUGAGCAUCUAUAUUGUACAGGGCUGAGGGGGGGUGUCCUUGGCUGCGGGAGAGGGCCCGUCCCCCGGAGGAGCUCCCACCCCACCAGCCCCUCGCCCCUCCGCCCGGGCUUUGCUCGCCCGGGCCCGCGGGCUCCACCUCAGGUUUUCACUUUUCGCUCCGGAGAGAGACGAAACGACAAAAACGCGAGAAAACA